CUGGUUUCUAAGGGCGCUUGGUAGGAAGAUGGCGUUACUCUAGUAGUUGAUGUACGUUCCCAGAAGCCUAGUUUUCACUCGUUUAUGACCUCUGUGUUGGGUUUCUAUCUUGGCCGUGUUCCAUACAAAUACGCUUGGGAUCUUCAAAAGUCCAUUGUUGGAUUGCUGAAAUCUUUUGAUGCCCCUUCUGUCCAUUGCAUCCUACUACUGGAGCACAGCCCAGUAUAUACGAUUGGCAUAAGGCAUACUGAUCCUGUGAACGAUUAUGGGAAGGUUGGAAUCGAACGUUUAAGAAAUUUGGGGGCUGAGUUUUUCAGUACUGAUCGUGGAGGUUUGAUUACUUAUCAUGGUCCGGGGCAGCUUGUAGUUUAUCCAAUAAUCAAUCUUCGAUGCAAGUCUUUACAAGGCCGAGGUUUAAAGUGGUAUGUUGGGGCCUUAGAGAAAGCUGGCGUUCGUUUGUGCUCGCAAUUCGGUUUAAAUGCGUUUGUUGGAGGAGAUUCGGAGACUGGCGUAUGGCUUGAUUCAAUGCAUAAAGUUAUGGCUAUUGGUAUCCGCCAAAGUAAUUCAAUAACAUAUCAUGGAAUAUCUAUAAAUUGUACUACAGAACCACUGCCAUGGCUCAGGCAAAUAGUACCAUGUGGUUUAGUUGAUCGAGAUGUUACCUGCCUAAGCGAAGCUUGUGGAAGACAGUGUACACCAAAAGAAGUGGCACCUAAAAUCGCAGACUGUAUCAUUUCAGGUUUGUUUACACCACAGAAAAAUGGAGAUCUAAGCAUCAAUUACCAAUAUCGAAAUGAUUUGGCAAGUGAUUGGUGUGUACCAGAGCGUAGUCUCAAUUGCAGCAUGAGUGAUUUUCAACAAUCAUUUGCAGUCAAUAAAUCCUGGCCUUGUAUAGUAGAAGAAAUUCUUUCCUCUUUACAAUCAUGUUUUUCAAGUUGUACAGUUGAUGAACUAAUGACUGAUAGUAAUAAAUGAUAGUGAUAAGUAAUAAUUUUUACAUUAAUUUUCUAUUUAUUCAUGCUGCGUUCAAUAUACUGGGAUUACAAGUAAUAGCACUAUUGGAUGUGUGGAGACGUGGGUUACUCAACGGUGAUACAUUACUAAUAACUGGAUGAUUUUUUGGAACGCAAUGUAUUACUCGCAAUUAUGCCAUUGUAUUCACAUGACUUCCUAAAUUGCUUUAUACAUCCUUACCCCUUGUUGUUUUUUU